CUCGGAUUCCAGUGUGUUGAUUUUUGCGUCAACAGCUGGUAUCAGAGCGAUGCAAAGCAUGUGCCAAAGAAUACAACUAGUUUUCAAAAGAAUUUCUUAAAACUUGACCCACAAAAAUUGAGUUUGAAAAUUGCGUUUGGUCGUUAAGGACAGUGUUAGUUCGUAAAGCCCUAAGGAAAUUGGGAGCAUGAUCAGGUGGUUAUUUAAGGAUGUUAGAUAACUAACUUUCUUCAGUAUAUACACUGAAGUUCUGCAGGUACGCUAACCAUGAUUUUGAUAAGCUAAGACCGACUAGUUAUUUGGCUAGUUAAAUAGGGAGAGCCGUAUACCUCCGAAUUUUGUACAUAAUACCAAGUUAUAUUGGUUCAUUUGUGAGGAUGACUAGGAUGUGCAUGCAUCAUAUCAUUCUUAAACAAACUUGAAUCUGUUGUGUUUGGUUAAGAAAAUUUGAAUUAAGCGUGGACACAGUAGUAAAUCACUUGAAAAUCAUUUAACUUCAUGUCUUGCUUGAUUAGAAAAUGAAUAUCUGGAAUCUUGAAAACAGUUUGUUGGCUUGAUUCUUGCUGAAAACCUGUUUCUGAACGGGUGUGUUAGCGAGAUUUAAGACAUGAAAAGUUUUGGCCGAGUAUAGUCUAUUUAGUACACAAAACACUAGCUCUCUCGGUACUGAAUUUUUUGGGUAAAUAGCAAGUUGAAAUUUUAGGAAUAAUGUCAUUUUAGAGUUAAUCUAGACCUAGGCUUCAUUAGCACGAGUUGUGCCUAAACAUCUUGGGAGUAUCCUGGCCCAAAUUGAGAGUUUUUAGAUAUCAACUUCACCCAAUGAAUUUCCAUCAGCCUUGCCCACAAACUGUCCAUAGCCCAAACAGAGAUUCAGAAAUGGAAAUUUCUUAAUCAUCUUGAUCUGGAAAUUAGCCAAAUUGACUACUGCAGUCUCAAUUCAAUAUUUAUUCAGUUACUGUCAAAGGAAUUCAAGGGGUUGGAUGAAUGGAAUAUGAGUUGAGAUAUUUUCAGUAAUUGCAGCUUUUUGAACAAACUGAAAACAAGCCUUUUGAGUUCUAUGUCCAAUGAGUCAUGGAAAUGAUAUUAAUUCUUUGACUAAUACUGAGUUUCCAUAUCUCAGAUGGUGGUGACACCCGGCAGUUCAAGUGGUUUGGGAGGAGGAGGCAAUAAUCCACCACUGCCACCACCAGGUUUUGCCAGAUUGUCCAAGGGCAGCAACCACAUCAGCAGCGAGGAGGGCACCAUGACAACCAGCCUCAAUCAGCAACCUAUCUGGAUUUUCUUGGUACUCAGCCUCCUUUAUUCAACCGAACGGAGGAACCUUUGGAUGCUAAUGCUUGGAUUCGCACCAUUGAGUCCAAGUUUACACUUCUUCAUGUCCCAUGCUCCGAGGAGAACAAAGCUCGCUUUGCAGCGCAGUAGCUCCGCGAAUCAGCACAUUUAUGGUGCGAUCAUUACAGUGCCAUGCUCCAAGCUGGCCAUGUUGUCAUCUGGGAAGAAUUCAGAAAUGCAUUCAGAAGCCACCACAUUCCAGAGGGACUUAUGGACAGAAAACUCAAUGAAUUUCUGGCACUUACACAGGGCAAUAGAAUUGUUGUUCAGUAUACUCAAGCCUUCAAUGACCUGAGUCGGUAUGCAGGCUAUCAUGCGAAUACUGACGCUAAAAAGCGUGUUUGUUUCUACCGGGGCCUUAACACCAAGCUAAAGGACCGCCUGAAUCCCAUCAGAGUUGACACCUACAAUGAGCUGGUUAAUUUAGCAAUUACUCAAGAAGAUUGCUUCACAGCCCAUCAAGUAGAAAAGAAGAGGAAGGCACCAGCUGGACCGUCAAUUGCUCAGCCCCCAAUAUAUCAUUUAGUGCAGAACAAUCCACCCCAAAAUUCUCAGAGGAGCGCUCAGCAAGGGAGAUGGGUGAUUCGGCCUCAGUAGGAACAACAAAAUCGUACAGCACCCUCUUCUCAACAACAACAGCAGAGGUUCAAUGCUCAUCACCAGGCAAUGACAACCGCUGUUUUAGAUGUGGAAGACCAAAUCAUUUUGCUAGAGACUACCCGCAAGCCGGACAACAAAAUCAAGGCCAAGGAUCCCACCAAAAUAAUCAGAACAAGAACAAGAGGCAGACCAUUCAAGUAAGACAAGGGCGGGUCAAUUUCAUCACUCUUGCACAACAUCCUGAGGGAGCACCAGUGAUGACGGAUGGGACGAUUUUAGCUGAUGAGAACUAUGAGUUGGUGCCGGAGAAUGGAGGGAUUUCUGGAGCUCAGGUGAACCAAUCUGGAAUUUUUGAAGCUCAAGUGAACCAAGCUGGAAUUUUUGAAGAACUGAACCAGAGCGAGAUUGCUGACUUAACUAACAUAUCACAAGAAGGCAAGCCCCAGAGCAUAACCUAUAUUUUUACCUGUUAUGCAAUUCACAUAUAUGUUUAUAUAUCUGUACUUGUUUGUGCAUUUAAAUUAUAGAAGUUGAAUGAAACCUUAGCUGCAUAAUCUUAGGUACUCUUGUAUUGCUUACUAGCUUUUGGUUGAGUAGCUGCCUUGCUAAAUAGGGCUGGUAAAAGUCGAGUGAUUUCCUGUCACUCGCGAGAAAAAUAGGAGUUGCUUGAUUUAUCUACAUGCUGCAACUAUAAGGAUUGACGGGCGGGGUAAAUGAUAAGAUGAUGUUAAUGUUGAUGAUGAUGAGAUGGAACCCCGUCUGUCUAGUGAUGAAAAUGAUAAGACCGUAGAUGUGUGGUAGUGGUGGUUAAGUGUUUGAACAUACUAACCAAAUGCUGUGAAAUAUGGUAAGCAGUAAGCAGAGUACCUGAUUGGACCUGGGAGUGGACUUGUCCCUCACCCUCUUUGAAAGAUGUUUCUCAUGCGGGUGCAAGAGCAGCCACGCCCUGUGAUGUUCCGUGGUUCGUGGACCUCUUGUACUCGAGGGGGGUGACCCUAAUCCACGAGCUGGAAAAGAGAAGGAAAAUGUUGUGUGGGCUAGGAUGCUCCCCAUGCGUGUGAGUUAGGUUUUCCCUAGUCAGGUUAACAAAUUCGAUUCGAAUCGUCCGUUUCUCACCGGUUAUUGAGACUGUUGAACCUUUUGCCACAUCGAGUAACAUGUGGAACUUGAUGAUGUUGAUGAAUCUGGAUGUUUGUAUAAGCUGAUUGCAACUUGAGGACUUAACAGCCCGCGGCCGUGCUGUAUAGGGUCAGACGGGAAACCAUUAAUCAGGAUCCCGGAAGUGGAGGUGGUUAGUGUUGCCGCAAUCCAGUUCCUCCAGUGUUGGGGAAAGCCUCUAUGCUACAUCAAAGCAAGCAGGUAGUCCCAGAGCACAUAGUCAAAGGUUUUUGAGAUGUCGAGCUUGAUGAGUAGCGAAGGUGUCCCGUUACAAUGGAAGCACUGCACAAUAUUUUUGACGUAAAGAAAGUUGUCGUGGAUGCUUCUUCAAGCGCCGCACAAUAUUUUUGACGUAAAGGAAGUUGUCGUGGAUGCUUCUUCCCUUUAUGAAGGCACUUUGGCAAGGGGAGAUGAGUUCCUUCAUUUUCGGUGCUAGUCGUAUUGCUAGUAAUUUGCUGAUGAUUUUUGCAACGGCGUGGAUAAGACUGAUUGGCCUGAAGUCCGUGAUCAACUCUGCCCCAUCUUUUUUGGGGAUUAGAACGAUGUUUGCUUUGUUGACCAAGUUGAGGUUCUCGCAGCGUCCCAUGUGAUAGCUGCGACAAUGGCACUCCAGCAAGCUUUGAAGAAAUAGCCCAUGUAGUCAUCCGGCCUUGGCGCUUUAUCGCACGGAAGUUGUCUGAUAGCUACGAGUACUUCCAGCUCAGUGAAAGGAUCAUCCAAGGAGGAGGGGUUCACCGUGGGGAGGCAUAGGGCAUCUCAUUGGAAGUCUCGAGAAGUAGCUGGUGGAUCCGCCAUCACUGUGGAGAAAUGGUUUUGAAUAAUCUGCUGUUUGUCUUGGUGGGAGAAGGCUCAGCCCUGGUCUUUCUGCAGGCGUUGAAUAAAAUUUUUCUACCUUCUUGAGUUCCCCUUGAGGUGGAAGAAUUUGGUAUUCGCGUCUCCUUCUCGGAUGUAGGUGACUCGUGAAAAUUGCCGUUUCCUGGCCUUUUCAAUUACCGCCCAACCAAUUCAAUUACCGCCCAACCAAAGAUGCACUUCUUGAGUUUGCUCCUUAAUCGAUGUUCAGACUCGGUAAAAUCUCUAGUUUCUUGAGCCAUGUCCAGUCUCAAAAUGAACACUUGGGCCAUGAGGAGCUUGAGUUUAAUGUCCGAGAUUAAAGAUUUGCUCCACCUCCUUAGAGCUUUUGCGGUUAUGUGGAGCUUGUGGCCAAGCCUAUGGAAAGGUUCGGUAUGCGUGGUAGGCUGUGACCAAGCAGUAGCUCGUGCCUAGUCUUCGUCGCAUUCCGACCAUAGUAUAAAUUAAAUCUCCCACAUUUGCAUUUGUAUAAUCAGUAUCAACUUUUAACUUAGGCCGUACUAAUCAGAACAGAACUCGAAGGCCACAGGUGAUAUGGAAGUAUCGGCCGGCGGAGAAUAGAGAAAGAGUAACAAACGCAGAUGUUGACAUAGAGCGACGCAGUGGCAUUGCUAACACGGGAGGUAGCAGCAGGUUCACUGGCAAGCGGCUAGGAUGUGUUUGGUUACUCGUAUGGGUAAUGUUUGCAACCGUGGAUCCGUAAAGAAGAGUACUUGGUUGCCUAUAUAAGCAGAUGAAUAAAUAUACUUUCAUCCUCGCCGGUGGAUACGCCAAAUUGGCCAUCUUUACACGCAAGUUCGGUGGCUUAUUGCAUCUACUUUGAGCCUACUCUGUCUCACAUGUACUGUUACUUGCGUCCAUCCAUGUAACCAACCAAACAUGGUUAUAAGAAUGAUACAUUUGUUCGUACAUUCCUACUACCAACCAUAGAGUAAACUCCGCCAGCAGUCCUCAAAUUUAUCAUGAGUUCCCAUCCUUAUAUUCUCAAAAUGCAUAUAUUAGUUCUUAAACUUAUCCCAUAUCAUCAUCUCGGUUCUUAAACUUAUCGGGGGUUCUUAUUUAUCCCGAUUCUGAUUACUCUUAAAAUACACAUAAUUUAAUGGCUGUUAAACUAUCUCGGUCCAUAAUUUAUUCUACACUCUCAUCCAAAUCCAUAUGCUUCUAUAAUAUAUUAUUAUUUAUUUUUAAAACAACUUUGUGAAUUGUUUCAAAUUUGUCUGGACUUCAAAUCAAGUUCGAUUUCCACUCAUAGUGAAUCCGAAAUUUAUGGAUAAUUGUCAUGAAUUGAAUUGAAAUAGCAAAAUCUAUAAAUAAUCUAGAGUCAAUUUUUUGGUGAUUUUCUCAAAAAUUUUAAAGCAAAGGAUAAAUGCUUUUAACAUUCUUUUUUAAUCUCUAAAUAAAAUCAAGUAUUAAAUAAAUGUAAUAAAAAAACUCUAAAAUCAUCAAAUAUUGUGUCCAAGAUGAUGAUUGUCUGAUGAAUUUUUUAUUAGUUUUGAGUGAGAUUAUAAUUUGAUUUGAAAUUCUUAAAGUUUGAUACAAUCCUUUAUCUUCUAAGUACAUGAAUGCAUUUCGGAAGUAUAUAGAUCUGUGUGGGAGUAUGAGAUAAGUUCACGGACCAUUAUGUGUUAUGUGCAUUUGAGUGUAUAAGGACUGCGAUAAGACUCAGAGCAAGUUUAAAGUUUAAGGACCACGGUAAGUGUGGAGGACAAGUUUAAGAGCUAUUAUGUGCAUUUUAAGAGUACCGGAACUGGAAUAAAAUUUAAAAACAAGUUUAAGAACCACUAGUAAAAUUUACUCGAAACCAAAUAUUUUUCACGAUAUAUUUUCUUCAUUUUAAAUUCAUAGAUUUUACUAAGUAUAUAAACGUAAACGAUGUGUAUAUUUUGAAAUGGAGUACGGCACGCAACUUGGUGCGAGCAAGCAAACCCAUGCUUGCGGUGUCACGCAGGCAAACCGUGCGUCCGUGCUAGUACAUCGGAGUAUAGGACCCUCGCAGGCUCGCACAAUGUGCCGUGCGCGGUGCGUCCGUGCCUACUGACGAGCAAUAAAAGAACAGCAGAAGAAAAAAAAAAAUGCUGGCUCUGCUUCCUCCCGCCUCUUCCAUCUGUGCCGUCGCCUUCCACCGCCGCCUCCGAGUUCCCCUCGCCCCGCCGCGGACGCUUCCCCGCCUCGGCGCUUCCCCCGCGCGCUCCAUUAUGGCCUUCUCCGCUGAGCCGGCAUCGGGAGAAGAGAAGGCAGAAGCGGAGGAGGAAUCCCGCCCCACCACCGCCGCGACCAGCGGCGGCGCCGGUGACGGUGACGGGAGCGAGGUGAGCCACGAGGAGUGGCGUCGCUGGGGAACCUCCUCGCCGCUUCCAGCCGCGGUGGCCGCCGUCAUCCGCGAGCUGCUCGAGAUGGAGGCCGCCGCCGGGGAGAAGAUGCGCUUUGCGGGCGUCGGCUCCAAGCUGAAGGGUGAUUUCAAGGACAUGGAGGACAAGAAGCACAGGGCUGUCUACGAGACGCUUGGCGACUCCGACCAGAAGCUGCAGUAUUUCUCGGCGCGGCAGAUUGGUUGCCGUUUGCUUGGGAGCAGAGGGUAUUUGUGCCAGAAGUGCUGGUUACCAACUGAAGACUGUAUGUGCGCAAAUAUUGUUCCCUGCAAUCUUUGGAGGGGAAUGAAAUUCUGGUUGUACAUGCACCCAAAGGACUUUUUGCGUCAAAAUAACACCGGGAAGUUACUCUGGCAAGUAUUUGGCAUCCAAGCUGCACAGCUUUGCCUCUUUGGUAUCCAGGAGCAUGAAGAUAUAAUGUGGGAUGCAUUUCAUCGUUCAGGAAAGGGGAAGAUUUCAUUUCUAUAUCCAAACAAGAGUAUCAUUCCCAAGUCAGUCAAAGACCUCAAAUUUGAUGGUUCGUCCUUGACUUCUGACCUUCAUGGGAUGGUAUGUAUUAUGUUCUUUAAGCUGGCAUUCCAUGACUUGUAUCUUAGCACAAACACAAGUUCACCGGAUGAACCUUUCAACUUCGUUUUGCUUGAUGGUACCUGGAGUAAUUCUGCAGCACUAUACAGAAGGUUGAAGGAGAGAUGGACUGCAAGAUGGGGAGAUGAAGAUAUUCCUUGUAUCUCACUAUCUACGCUUAGUGCCUCAGUGAUGCAUAAACUGCGACCGCAACCAGCAUGGGACCGUACCUGCACUGCGGCAGCUGCAGCUGGACUCCUCUGGGAGUUGAACUUGCGGCCUGAGCUCAGCACAUAUGAAUUUGAAAAGCAAGCUGAGGCAGUUGAAUGCUCACUAGAUAUCUUGCUGGAUGCUCUCACCACCCGACGGGUUCGUCUGGGCCGAUCAAUAACCCGAAAACAGAGACAUAAUAGGAACAUAUAAGGAAAGAAGCUCACAGUAGCAGAGGAAGCAUAUAACUUGAAAUGGAAGGCUGAUGGAGCGUUUGGUUUUACGCCCAUGCCGGCCCAACUAACUUUUUGGUACUUGACUGUGAUUGCUCUGCUUGUUUGGAUGGACACCAACCUUACACAUACCCAUGCCGCAUCCGGAUGUAGUGUUUUCUGUGCCCACCGCCCAUGCGAGGGCAAAAUGGGCGGCAGCUGAUCCAGGGUAGUCUCCGAGAGCAAAAAUGUUAUGGCUGGUCAAGGAUUAUCAAGGAAAAAUACGGUAAUUUUGCAAGAUUCAGCAACACCAAUUUGAUGUGUAAACAUUCAAUGAGUUCCAAUCUAUGAAACACGGAAAACACAACAAAUCAUAGUGCUAA